UUUCAGAGAACACACCCAUCACUUCAUGCAAAGCAACCAUCAUAUUCUGGGCAUCAUGGUGCUACACUCCGCGAUAGCAAAGGCUAUGAACGUGUUGAUGCACCCCAAGGAGUUAGUAAAGAAUGGACAUUCCCUUCAAAAGAAGGAAGUAAAACUACCACAAAACAGUCGUUAGCUGCAAUAAGUACUCAAAAAACAUCAUCAGGCUUUCUUAUGCGCACUGGGAGGCCUCUCUUCUCUGCAAUUACAACAUUAACGGCGUUGAGCGCUUCUCGAGAUCCAGAUAAAGAAUUUCUUGGCGAUUCUACACUUAGUGAAGUGAUUGGAUAUAAAAUGCCUGAUGUGGAUUUAAUCAAACAAUAUUAUGAAUAUAUGAAGAAAAGUGAACUUAAAGAUGAGCAAAUGGAAGAAGAAGAAGAAGUAUUAGUAGUAGAAGAUUGA